AUGGCUGAAACAGUCAUGUUGCUAUCACCACAAAGCGCAAAUAAGACGCAAAUAGAACGAAUGAUGAGUCCUUCGCUGUUUUCACUCUGUUUCCAUUGUCAAAGAUUGCUCCGCAACUCAACGCUCGCUGAAGUAUCGGAAAUGAGUGAUAAGGGUGAUCGUACUCUGACACUCUUGCACUUGCGGAAAACGUUCAGUGAAUAUAUGCGAAUACCUCUCUCAGGAUGUCGAGAUGUUGACCCAAACCGUUUAUUGCCAUUAUUUACAAAGGUCAUGGCCAUGUUCACGCCGGCCGAGUUGAAAGCGGAGUCCAAAGAAAUUCUGAACUUCACUACGUUUCUCUGCAGUGUUUUAGUAAGAGAAGUUAGACAGAGAGCGGCCAGUCAUGGUACCGUCGAAGCGGCAUCUAGCAUUGUUGAUUAUUUACAGCCGUCUUCUUCCCAAAGAGGAUGGCUUCUCCUAAAUUCUAUAUUUUUCUUGAUCUACUGAAGACGAGGCUAUAAUAAACGCCGUAUGCAAGUGUCGCUUCCCAGUACCCUGGUAAAAACUAUCUAACUAUUUUACGAUCUUCCUGAUGAUGAAGAACAUACGGAACCGAGGUUCAAACUCAAUGAACUACUAUCAUGCAGCUGGAUAGGUUGUGUUCUUACAAGUGGAUCAUUAUCUCAUCGAUCAUUCAAUCUUGGCGCUGUUCCCGAUGACAUCAGUGGAGAACAAUUCGUUCUUCACAUAUGCAAGCAAAUAGAUAAUAUGGGCCAACUGCGACUGCAAUUUAAACUGUUCCACAAACCGUUGUUUGGUUGGAAAGGUUCAUUCUUUUACACCAGUGGGUGUGAAAUGAUUUACGAUAUGAGAUGAUUUUUCGAAGAAGUUUGAAAGAUUUGAAAUAAAU